CAAUUUUAUGUUGAGUAGGUACUUUUCACAAGGUAAGCAAUAAUAAUUUAUAAUUCUAGAGGUGGAUUUUCAGCACAUUCCAGCAGAUUUUACCUCCAAACGACUGACUAGAAUCCCACCGAAUUCUUCUUCACCAGACGAGGGUAUUUGUGAUGGAAGAUGGCCAAGAAAUAGCACUGACUGAGGACGCAGAAGAAGUGUCCAUCUCGUUAGAAGAUGACCACGAAGUGUCGAUGUGGAAUGGUCAGAUGCGGUUGCCGGCUGGAGGGCCAGGCGGUCCGGGGCGAGCUGGAGACGGGUACGGUGAUGGGUCGGCAUCGUCCAGUGACGGUCAAAUGCCGGAGGUUAUACGAGAGAUUGAAACCAAACUUGGCAAUGCAAAAUCAGCUGUUUGGAAGACAUUAGAAAGACAAGCAAUCUAUAUACAGUGUUAUUUUGUGACAAUUGCCUGCAUUCUUGGGACAGGAAUCCUAGGGUUGCCAGUAACUCUUGCUCAUGCUGGACUGUCUCCUUUUUUGGUUUCUUUCAUCGUGGCUUUCUUUAUGCAGGCACUUCUUAUCUAUUUCUUCAUGGACUUACUCCAGAGGGCGUAUGCAUAUCAGAUAGAACGGCAUAAGGUACCCAAUGCCGUAUGCAGUGAGGAAGUUAACGUUCCUCUACAAGACAUGAUGUCAGACGAGUCAACAGAAGAUGGGUCAGGUAAUGAGAGUAACCAUAGAGAGCGGAGUGUGGCAGCCUCAUUAGGGAAACCGCCGACUCCUAAUCUACACAUGCUCGGCUGUCUCUUCCUACCGAUGGGUCUAAGACAACUCUUUGAUAUCGUUCUUCUCUUGCAAUUUGUGUCGAUUCUCAUCAGCUAUGCUCUAGCUGGCAGUGAAGCCUACGCUCAAGUCUUCAAUAUCAAGUAUAUUUACGUCAUACCAAUCUUCGUCUGGGUCCUCUCCUUGGCGAUUGUAUUCGCUCAAAAGUUUGUUCAACCCGUCGUCUCCUUGAUGACUCUUGCUAAAGGAGGUGUCUUGGUCGCUACGGUGAUUGUAACAUUUGGUGUUGGCUCAGCCGUUUCCAACAAGAUAUCUAACGACUUUCAUUACAUCGGUUCACCAUUCCUCAUGGGAACAGUGGCUUUAGGUGGUGUAGUCAACAUAAUGCCAAUGAUGUACGCGAGACUGGAGUUUGAGAAGACACAGAUAAGAUGUUUUAUGUGGGCCGUCUUGCUUGGUCUUCUGACAUGCACAGUACUCAAUAUUUUCUGGUGCUGGGCGGUGCUGGACAUUGUACCUCAGACUAACUACUGCGAGGUCGUCAGUCACAUCACAGAUUACGACAACAGCAGUGGGUCAACAAUUACCAUAUCCUACACACUGACACCAAGUCCACAUGAAUGUCUGGAAGAUCUGUCUCUUGAACAUUCCGAGGAAGAAGGUGAAAUAGCGACAGUUCCGCUGACAAAAAUUUUGCAGACUGAUUAUCCUCAGUAUUCCUGGGUUGCUGUUCUUAUUCAGCUCUUCAUUACGAUCAGUAUAACAGUGUCUUACCUAACAGUCGGUUCGGCUCUCAUGCAUUCAUUCUUGGGUUGGUUAGACGCUCAGAUGGCUUGGGAUAGAAUUGAUCGACACGUCAACAAUCCAGCAAGAAAUUACAGCUUCUUAUGUUCACAGAGAUAUUGUCGUCCAUUUUUAUGUCUUGCUGUGUUUUCGUUAGUCUUCAUUGUUGCAAUGCUGGAUCCAAAAGGGUUUGUGACGAUGUUGGACAAGAUUGCAUCUCUACUCCUUAACACUGAGGCGGGCAUCUUCAUCUUCUUAAUGAUCAGAAACAGUCGCUCAGAAAAAUACAGCCAUUUGGUGAUACCUUUUCAAACGAGUCCGUAUCUGCAACCCUUGCUGUUCCUCAUGGCUACUUACUUCAUCUUUGCAGUCGUCUACGAUAUCGUGGUGUCUCUCAUUGAAAUAUUGAGCUAGUAACACUUAUCAGGAAUAUUCAGCUAAGAGCUACAACGUGUUCAAGAAGCUGGCAUGCAAGGG